AUGAGCGGCGGCGCCACGGAGGGCCCCGGGGCCGGCGAGGCCGCACCGACCGGCGGCGGCACCAGGAAGCGGGACUCGCUGGGGACGGCGGGCUCGGCGGCGCAGCUCAUCAUCAAGGAUCUUGGAGAAAUUCACUCAAGGCUCCUAGAUCACAGGCCCAUCAUUCAAGGUGAAGCCCGUUAUUUCGUGAAAGAAUUUGAAGAGAAGCGUGGGCUUCGAGAAAUGCGCGUGCUCGAGAACCUCAAGCACAUGACCCAGGAGACCAGUGAGCAGACCCUGCCCCGGUGCCAAGAGGCCAUGGAGCUCAGCCUGCGCCCCCUUCUGCAGACAGUGCAAGCCGCUGCUGCGUCCGCCAGCCGCCUGCAGCAGAGGGAGCGAGACCGGAGACAGAUUCUGAACGACCAUUUAAUAGCUAGUGAGAAGAAGCAGCGAGCCCAGUGGGAGGCGUUCAUGACACAGCAGCGUGGCGAGCAGGCGGCCGUGGACGAGGAGCACAGCCGGGCCCUGGGCAGGCUCAGGGCACAGUACGCACAGAUGGAGAAGGAUCUGGCCAAGUUCUCCACCUUCUAACUCUCGCGUGGCCGGACAAGCUCCCGAGAUGGCCCUGCCUCCCCAGAACCGCCCGCCAGCCCUGCAGCCCCUGCUCCGAGCUUUGCAGCAGACUGUGUGUUCUCUCGUGCAGAAGAAGAAAGCUUCACCGGGCCUGCACCAAGUGCAGGCUAGGUGCGCACACCCUCCCCCAGCUCUCGGGGGCCCGUGGGUGACUCAGAGAGGAGCUGGCAUGCGUCUUCUGGUUGUCACUGCUGCCCUUCCCGUUCCCUGUCUCAGAGGCCGUUGGCAGAGAUGCAGAGAAGUGCUUUCACUCCCUCAUCCCACAUGCAGGGCACGUGGAGGUCCCUGAUCGGGGCUCACACAGCUGUCACGGCGGCCUGCAGCUGGCAGGGAGAUGGUGCGCGGUCCCCACCGGUGGUGGAGCCAGGUGGCGGGUGGACAUGGGUGGCCCCCGGCCCUGCAGGACUCUGGUGAUCCGCAGGGCAGUGCGAAGCCGUGAGCCCCCCGGGCACAGGACACUUGGGCUGGGUUUUGUGUCUAGCACUUAAGUGUCCAGCUUUGAAAACAGGCGUGGGAGGAAAAGCUUGGCAAAAGUAUAUUGACUUUCACCUUCCCCAGAGCCAUCGACUUGGGCUGGUGCCUAACCUCCCGUGUCCAUCUGCUUUGCUGUGGCGGCUGUGUCCGAGAGGCUCCGUCCACGUUGUUCUGGCCACUCAGUGAGGAGGGCCCAGCCCCUGAGGAGCCAGCUGGUGGCACAGCCUCACGCAGGGCUGGCCCCAAGCCCACCCAACGUGUGCCCUGGGUCACCACCGGUGAGCCCCACCGGUCUGCGAGUCCUGUCUCAUGAGCAGGUGUCAGGACAGGGCAGGCACCCCUGUCACUACGGGUCCCCAGAAGUCUGCACUCCACGCUGUGCACAGGCCCCAACUCUGCCCUUCACAUAAACCAAGCAGAAUGAAAUGCAGCAAUUUCAGGAGAUGGAUGGAGAGAGAAUUUGAAGUCUGGGUAAAUCUUCCAGGUAUCUCCUCACCACUGCCCAGCUGGCGCGUGCUGAUGCGGGGGCGCAUGCUGGGUCGCGGCUCGGCUGCCCCAGGCCUUGCGCUGCCUGACUGUCAGAAGUGGGUGAAAGUAACAGAAGAGAUAAGGAUUUGAGAUUUCCUUCAACUGGAUGUUUACCAGCUCCCCGUUGCAACUGCCGCUGGACAGCGCGCCAGCUGUCCUCUCGUCUCGGGGAGGCCCCGAGCUGGGGCCACAGAUCACUGGGGUUUCCUUAACUCUCUCUCCAUGGAUGGAGAAAACCAUACUCCAGAGAUAACCCCACGUGAGGUGGGAGGGGGCCUUCCACGAGGCCUGCUGCACUCUGUAAGUUUAUGGUGUGAUGUAAUACAUUCCCUUAAAAUGGAGUAAGUACAGAUUUUGAAAAGCUGCAAGUCAAGUCACUUUUUUUAGAACAAUGUAACCUGAAAUGCUUGACCAGCUUUUUUGGGAAAUACUUGUUUCAGAAACAAUGAUUUAUCAAAUUACCCCCGAGAUCACAGUUACAAGAUAAAUGUGUUAAGUGUCAGUUGCAUGUUAAAUUUGCUUGAAGGCUUAGUUGAAAUAAAAUUAUAUAAAUGAGGACAUUAAUAUUACUAAGAAAGAUCGUGAUGCUAAAGACUUUCCUUC